AUGUCGGACCAUGAGUUUGGAGGCAAUGACGACCUCUCGCUGCCCAAAGAUUCCAGCCAUCGCUUUGUUGGCCCUUCAGUCUCAUCCAUCCCGCGCCACGCUGCACUACAUGGAACUAACCUUUUCACAGCUACCGUCCAGAAAAUUGUCACAGAAAUUCUGCCGCCGUCAGCCGGCGUUGCCUUUGCUAGGGAGAGUCGCGACCUUCUCAUAGAAUGUUGUGUCGAGUUCAUCACCUUAAUCUCAUCAGAGGCCAACGAGAUUUCUGAAAAGGAAGCCAAGAAGACUAUAGCCUGUGACCAUAUCACAAAGGCCCUCGAGCAGCUCGGCUUCUCCGAUUACGUACCCGCCGUCAUGGAAGCCGCCGCAGAACACAAAGAAACCCAAAAGGGCCGAGAGAAGAAAUCGGACAAGUUUGCUAACAGCGGCAUGUCCAUGGAGGAACUGGCUCGUCUCCAAGAGGAGCAGUUCGCCCAGGCCAGGGAACGCCACGGCUAA